AUGCACGCUUCUCUGCCCCAACAUAUCCCUUGCACCUGCUCCUCCUCGUCUCUACCCAACAAAGCACAAUUUUCAUCCACCGUUAUCUCAGAUAGGACACUCAUCUCGUCAACACCCACAUCUUCCAUCGGUGAAGAUCGCCUGAUAUCUGAGAGUAUUAGUAGCCCAAAGCUAGAUCUCGAGGCUGCAACAACACCAGCUAGAAAGGACGAUGACGAGAGAUUAGAUCCUAAUAUACAGACACCAAAAAAGGACUUCCAGAUCCCCACGCUCUCUUCUCUCGUAUCCUCCCAGACACUGUCGGGUAAACGUAAACGAUCUAUAACCCAUAUCGAGGGAAUACCAAUGUCCAUUUUGUCCCAGCCCACCUCUGUUCCUUCGCCUUCCAUAUCAUCAAGAAAGAUCAUCAGUAGUAGAAAGAUCAAGCAACUGGAUAAAUGCUUCUCUGUUCUUAGUUUCAACAACAACCUACCCUCACCAGCCACGAAGAAAGAUGUUGGAAACCGACCCGAGUCCGACUCAGAAUACGAAGAAGAAGAAGAAGAAGAAGGGUUUUCAUCUAAAUCGACAACACCUUCCAAUUCGGCAAGAAGCUCUGGUAGCUUCGUAUCGACUUCUACUCCGUCAGCAGGUAAAGAUGGAAGAUCAGAUUAUGACUUCGGGUAUGCCGUAGGAUAUGGAAGGAUGAAGAGGAAUGAGGGAUAUUCCGAUACUUUGAUUAAGGAAGGAGAAGACAACUCAGAUUCGAAUUCGAAUUCAGGUCCUGAAUCCGAGCCAGACUCAGAUGACGAGGAUGAUGUGGUCUUUAUCCUAUCUCCUUGA